AUGAAAAACUGAAUCCAGAAUUAACCGGAGGAGGAGGAGGUGUUAUGGCGGCGGAGGAUCAGCUACCGGAGACAUUGAAACCCUUCUUUCACAGAGCCACCGAAGCUCAGGAACGAUUAGCUAGGCUUGAAGCUGCUCUUGCCUCCACCAAGACAGAUGUUCCAGAUGCGGAACUUGUGGAAAAGAUCACUCAGAUGCAGUCCAAACUCGAAGAAGCUGACAAGACGGUGAAGCAAGAAAAGGAUAAGGUGGAGAAACUUACCUCUGAAAACGAGAAGCAACGGUACCGUAUCUUGCAUCUUGUCCGCGCACUCGAGGAUGCUGAUGAGAAGCUUGAGAAACUCUCUAAAUGAUUUGAACCUAAUGCGUUUCUGAAACAUCUUUACCAAGUUACUCAUUUAUUUUAUGGUAUCAGAAAUUAUCGGUUUGGGAAAUAAACUUUGGGUAUAUCUUGGCGUGUGUGUGUGAGAGAGAGUGUCAUAAGAAACUCUGCAGUUUGAUCGAAAGGAAGAGAACAUAGUUAAACACUAGUGCUUACCACUCUGUAGAACCUGUUAAUCAGGUUAUAGCUAAUGUUUCAGCUGGUUCGCUUAGCUA